GCUUACUCUACCCGAGCUAUUACCCUUCCUUGCACGUCGUUGCAACAGAUUGCCGUCAUGAAGAUCCCCGCUGGCACGGUCCUUCCCUUUGCGCCUUGGGUUGCGCCAAAAGCAGCCCUAAGAGGUGUCCAAGACAUCACCUCCGAGUCUGCUCUGGCUGUUAUCCGUGCCGCUGGGGCAAGUGCCACCUGUGAGUGGUUCGAGCAGCCAAUAGACCACAAAAACAGGAGCAUGGGGACAUGGCAGCAGUUGUACUGUGUCAACCCUCAGUGGUGGGUUGGUCCCGGAUCUCCGGUGGUGCUCAUGACUCCCGGCGAAACGCCCAUCACAACGGCCAUCAACUCCGCCCGCGGAUACACAUACUUGAGCAACACGACCUUGUCCGGCGCAUACGCCGAGGCUCUUGGAGCGGCCGCGGUUGUGGUCGAGCAUCGUUACUUCGGCGGAUCGUCCCCGUAUGAAGGCUUUGACUCCGAGACUCUCCAGUACUUGAACAUGGAGCAGGCCGCAGCAGACAUGGUCAACUUUGCCCAGAAUGUCGCCUUCCCAUUCGACGAGGAAAAGUCAAGUGUAGCAUCAAAGGCACCAUGGUUGUAUUGGGGAGCGUCAUACUCGGCCACGCUCGGGAGCUGGAUUGAGCGCUUCCAUCCUGGCGUCUUCUACGCCUACCACCUCAGCAGCGCCACGGUCGAAGCCAACACGGACAACUGGUAUUACUACGAUACCAUCAGGAAAGGCAUCGACAGCUACCGCAAGGACACGAGCUGCAGUCUCGCGCUUACCGAGGUGGUCGAGUUUGUCGACAGCUUCUUGCUUGCAUCUCCCGUCAACAGCACAGAAGUUGACGCCUUGAAGCAACUCUUUGGAGCGACCUUCCCUAUUGCCGACGAUGACUUCGCCUAUGCAAUUGCAACCCCAUUCCGGUACUGGCAAGAGACCGGAGGCUACCGCGACGUCCUCGAGAUGUGCGAUGUCAUCGUCAGCUCCCAGGAAACCGAGGAAAACAAGGUCCUCGGCACCGUUCCAGCCUCGGUAGCGACCUACGCGGCCUACUUCCGCAUAAACUUCCGCGACUCAACUUGCACCUACUUCGACGUCUGGGGCCAAGAGGACCCGCUCUGGUGCCUCAACACGCACGACCUGCUAAACCCAUUCUUCGAGGCGCGCACGCUCGGCAACCCGUGGCGGACCUGGUACUGGUUCCUGUGCAACGAGCCGCUGGCGUCGUGGGCGACGGGCGCGCCCGAGGGCACACCGUCCAUCGUCUCGCGCCGGAUUGACCCGCACUACUGGCAGCGCCAGUGCGAGAUGCACUUCCCGCCCGAGAACGGCCAGCGGUACGGCAGCUCCAACGGCAAGACACCCGACGGCCUCAACAGCCGGACCGGCGGCUGGCUGCGGAACUCGACGAGGGUCAUCUGGACGAGCGGUGAAUUCGACCCCUGGCGCGCCACCGGCAUGUCGAGCGAGAUCCGCCCCGGCGGCCCGCUCCAGUCAUCCGACAAUGUCGCCGUGUUCCUCAUCAAGAACGCCGAGCAUGCCGACGACGCCCUCACCGCGAGGGGGCUGGCGAAUCUCAAGAUGAAGGUCAACCCCGAGGUCGUCAAGGUCCAGGAGCAGUCCAUUGAGCUCAUGAAGAGAUGGGUUAGCCAAUACCUGCUCGGGGAGCAGGGCAAGUAG